AUGGGAAGCAGGGUUCAAGAUGCUGAAGUGACUCGGAGUUCAGUAAUCCGAGCGGAGAGUCAUCCAGAUUUUGUCAGCAACAAUAUGGCGGCGAAGACGCCGGAGAUAGCAGAUCCGGAGAUAGCGACUCUGUUCAAGGCAGGGAGAGCGGCGCUGUUGUCAGCUGGAGACUCUGCCGGUGAGCCGGGUAAUGGCGGGGUGGAGAUAGAGGGAGUAGGAGAGCCGGUGGGAGAAGAUGAAGAAGGGGAGGGAGAUGACGGAGGUGGACCCGGAGGGGAAACGGUUGUCGAUGGAGACGGGGAAGACGCUGGGGGUUUGGAGAUCGGAGAAGGAGAGGAUGCGGGAGGCGUGACGGAGGCAGGUGGUGGAGACGCCGGAGCGAGGGACGGUCGGCGAGGAGAGACGGUCGGGGCUGCUGAUGGCGAGGAUCCCGGCGCCUGUGCGAGUGCGGAUCCUGCCAGUAAUCCCAGCAUCAUCAGAAUCGCAACGAAGCUGUUGUAG